AUGGAUGCUGUAAAGCAUUCGAAACGUCGGGAACCAAAAAUCACCCCCGUGCCUCGGAGAGCACGUAAAGCCCGUCGGUCCUGCGCCUUAACUCUCACUGAUCGUGUCGAGUGGUCGUCCCACCGGACGAUACGACUGCCCCCCACCACGCGGCGCGGCACACUGCCGCAGAGAGUUCGCGGGGGGGCUCUACCGGGUGGCAGCGCGGACGUCGACCAAUGGCGGCGGCGAGGCGUCGGCAUAGGCGCGGGCCGGGAGUGGGCGUGGUCGGUGCCGGCGCGGCGACCGGGGGCUCCCGUCACUCUCGCUCUAGAGCCACUAGAGGCUGUGCCGUCGAGUGGCGUCGAGUGUACCGGUCGGAUGUCCGCGGAGGGCGGCGGCUACUCGCCGUGUCCGGCGGAGGCGCUGCCGGAGCUGAGCGCGGCGGAGCUGGCGAUGAGCCUGUCGCCCAAGUCCGCGCUGCUGCAGCAGAACCUCUCCCAGCUGCAGCUCCAGCACUCUACGCCCUUCUCCGUCACAGACAUUCUCUCCCCCAUCGAGGAGUACAGGAAGCUCGAGCUGAACAACCCGCCGUCCCCGUACAGGUCAAAUUCCUCGGGGAGCAGUAUAAACUCACCUCUUGGGCCUGCUGCGUCUUGCGGCAUGGCAGCUAACCCAUACGCAGUGCCGUUGUACGGCGGCGCGCCGGUGCAAGGCUACGGCUGCGCCCCCGCCGACCUGCCCCACUAUGGCGACAUGCGAGGCGCCAGCUGGUAUCCAGCCUCGAACGACCCCAGGUUUGCCAUUUCCAGGCUGAUGACGUCAACGUCGAGUGGCAUGGGCCACGUCAACAACAUGGGCGGGCUGGCCGCGUGCGCAGGCCCCGACGCCAAGCCCAUGCAGUUCCCUCUGGCCCAGCGGCGCAAGCGACGGGUGCUGUUCACACAAGCACAAGUAUACGAAUUAGAGCGGCGGUUCAAGCAGCAGAAGUACCUUUCAGCGCCUGAAAGAGAGCAUCUCGCGUCGCUCAUACACCUAACUCCUACGCAGGUCAAAAUAUGGUUUCAAAACCAUCGCUACAAAUGUAAGAGACAGGCCAAGGAGAAAGCCAUGGCGGAACAGAACCAACACAACCAGUCCGCUUCAUCGCCUCGACGGGUAGCGGUUCCAGUGCUGGUGAAGGACGGGAAGCCAUGCGGCUCAGGGGAGUCUUCAUCCCCCGCUCAUAGCCACUGUGCUACACCCACAUCAGGGUACUCCGCCCCCCAGCCCUCGCAGGCGGCGUGCAGCAACCCCCUGGUCUCGAGCUACCGCCAGCCGACCGCCUACCAGCAGCAGUGCUCAGGUUACCUACCACUCCAGGGCCGGGCAUGG